AUGUCUCUCUCUCGCUGUGGGCGCCUCGCCCGUGUCUCCCUAGGAGCCCUCCGGACACCCGUGUCCGUGUCUGCCCGCCCUUUCGUGUCUCGCGCCAUCGCCGUGCGGGGAGUAUCGUCAUCUAGCCGGGAUGCGCAGCAGAAGCUUCUCACUUCAUCCCUGCAAGAAUCCGACCCGACUGUGUACAAUAUCCUUGAGAAGGAAAAAAACCGCCAGAAGCACUUCAUCAACCUGAUCCCGUCCGAGAACUUCACCUCGCAAGCCGUCCUCGAAGCGCUCGGCAGUGUGAUGCAGAACAAGUACUCUGAGGGAUACCCCGGCGCCCGUUACUAUGGUGGAAAUGAACACAUUGACGCAUCUGAGCGUUUGUGCCAGCAGCGUGCUCUUGAGACCUUCCGUCUUAACCCGGAGGAAUGGGGUGUGAAUGUUCAGCCCCUGUCCGGCUCGCCCGCUAACCUUAUGGCAUACUCUGCCGUGCUCAACACUCACGACCGCCUGAUGGGUCUUGAUCUGCCGCACGGCGGCCACCUGUCUCACGGCUACCAGACCCCCACCAAGAAGAUCUCCGCCAUUUCCAAGUACUUCGAGACCCUACCGUACCGCCUGGACGAAUCAACCGGCCUCAUUGACUAUGACGCACUCGAGAAGCAGGCUCAGCUGUACCGACCCAAGCUGAUCGUGGCCGGCGCAUCGGCCUACAGCCGCCUGGUGGACUACCCCCGCAUGCGCGAGAUCGCCGAUUCCAUCGGUGCCUACCUGCUUACCGACAUGGCGCACAUUUCCGGUCUCGUGGCCGCGGAUGUAAUGCCCUCUCCCUUCCCCUACUCGGACAUCGUGACCACCACCACCCACAAGUCUCUGCGCGGUCCCCGCGGCGCUAUGAUCUUCUACCGCAAGGGUGUGCGCCGCACCGACAAGAAGGGCAACCCCGAGAUGUACGAUCUGGAGAACCCUAUCAACGCCUCAGUCUUCCCCGGCCACCAGGGUGGCCCCCACAACCACACCAUCACCGCGCUGGCCGUGGCCCUGAAGCAAGCCCAGUCCCCCUCCUUCCAGGAAUACCAGAAGACCGUGCUGGCCAACGCGCAGGCUCUCUCCGACCGCCUGGGCGAGCCCACCAGCAACGGUGGUCUCGGCUACAACAUCGUCUCGGGCGGCACCGACAAUCACCUGGUGCUAGUAGACCUGAAGAACCGCGGCGUGGAUGGCGCCCGUGUGGAGCGUGUCCUCGAGCUGUGCGGCGUUGCCAGCAACAAGAACACCGUGCCCGGCGACAAGUCUGCCCUCAAGCCCGGCGGUCUGCGUCUGGGUACCCCGGCUAUGACCUCGCGCGGCUUCCAGCCCGAGGAUUUCCGCCGGGUUGCCGACAUCGUCGACCGUGUUGUCAUUCUGACUCAGAAGCUGGAUAAGGCUGCCCGGGAACAGGCGCAGUCGCGUGGGGUUAAGAAUCCCGGUACUCUGAAGGCCUUCUUCGAGUACCUUGGUGAGGGCGAGGAGGUCUCGGAGAUUGUCUUGCUGCGGCAAGAGGUGGAGGACUGGGUGGGCACUUUCAGCCUGCCUUGGGCUAAGGACCAGUAG